GAGAAGGAAAUCUUCGAGUUGUUGAACAAGGAGUUUAGGGCGGAGAAGCUGGAGGUGCAGGAUAUAAGUGGCGGGUGUGGCAGUAUGUAUGGGAUUGAGGUUGUGAGUGAGAGGUUUCGCGGACUGAGUAUGUUGAGGCAACAGAGGUUGGUUAAUGAGGUGCUGGGGGAGGAGAUUAAGGGGUGGCAUGGAGUGCAGUUGAGGACAAGGGCGCCGUGA